AUGGCCGCCACCUGCCGCCUCGCCGCGCCACUGGGUCUCGCCCCGCUGCCUCGCAGGUGCGCCGGCGUCAAGAGCGUCGCUCUCUCGAUAGGCACCACCAAGAUAGCUACACGGACACGGAGCGUCGCGGUGAGGGCGGGCGACGGCCCGGCGGAGACGCCGGAAAUCCUCAAGGCUGCGCAGGACGCGUGGGCAAAAGUUGAGGACAAGUACGCCGUGGCCACCAUCGGCGUCGCCGGGCUCGUCGCGCUCUGGACAGCAGUGGGGGCGCUCAAGUCCAUUGACAAGCUUCCUAUCUUGCCUGGUGUGUUGGAGCUCGUUGGAAUCGGGUACACAGGAUGGUUCACAUAUCGCAACCUCAUCUUUCAGCCAGACAGGGAAGCUCUGAUCAGCAACAUCAAGAGCACAUACAACGAAAUCACUGGGAGCAGCAGCUAA